CACAACAUGUAAGCAGACCGCAGUGCUGGAUGAGCACUGUCUAUGCCAUUGCAAUAUCUCCGAAUAGCCGCAUCCUCGCGAGCGCAUGGUCCGACAAGACAGCGCGAUUGUGGAACCUUAAAACCCGCCAGCCCAUCAGUUCGCUCCUCCAGCAUGCAGAGAUAGUGCACUGUGUGUCAUUUGUGGCAGAUGGAAAGCUCCUAGCGACUGGCUGCCAUGACACAAACGCGUACACAUGGGAUGUUGCUGUAAUUGUUAUGGAAGCUUGCCUCGAUGACCUUCUAAAGCCGCAGGAACCUCACAAUGCGUUACUCAAUCGUGAUGUUACACAAUGUCCGGUCCAGCCACGCCACGACGCCUGUCGUGUGCCUCCUGGCUUUUUCGACGACCUACCACAUCGUGCUCACCUCUCUUCACGACGCCGCUCCUCAGCACCGCAUGGACGCACAAUUCUUGGGCGCAUCUCUUCGUCAUUCAGCCGAACCCACUCCAAUACCCACAAUACGCCAUCCCGACGCCGACCUCUGAUCGACUGGGCUCGAAAUAUUCUCUCUGAGACACCGCACAGAUAAAAUGGUGCAGGGAUCGAAUUGCACGAGUGUCGCUCGGCGAUAGUCGAUGUCCCGUUUACACAGGGAAAACGUAGGAACGCUUCAGUGAGAGAGAAAAGGAAGCCAGCAGGCAGUUCACGGCCUCCUAAGCCCAGUAACACCCAGCAAUCCGUCGGAUCAGCUCAAGCCCAGACUCAGUCAACUUCGCAACCACAUA